AAUCCAACGCUAUCUUACACCUGACUCGCGGACUGUGUUUAAGCUAUUACUACGCCAGCAAGGUUAAUGGCCACAGCUUCGUUGCAAGCAUGGGACUCAAUUCGUUUCUGGAUUUGCCCCCUCUGUUUUCGUUCUACAACGACUAAUUGAGGCAAGACGCAGCGCUGUUGCUUUAACACGGAGAAAGAGAAGUGGAAUACUGCUUUAUACGGACGUAGCAAUAUAGGUACACAUGAAUGCAGCAUGCUAUGAAUUAUGGUCCAUUUGUGAACUUUUGCCUGGUACACAAAGUUCUAGAUCAAUGAUGCAUGCUUUUCGCCGCAAUCGUACUACAGGUACUUCCUUGAUCUUUUACCCAGUUACAUUUGCAAGCAAAGGACGGUGACACCACUUCGACAGCUUUCAUUGGCGCAUUGGUAUAUAAUUCUUUGAGGUUAUUUCACCUGCGGCAUCUUUAUAUCUCAGCCAGACUGACAACGACACCUGUGAGAGCACCCGGCACCCAAGGCACUCGCAUAUAUUCUCGGAGACGUUCACGCCUCUUGCCCUCAGGAAACCCUGUUUAUUCGGUCGCCAUUGGAUUUCUUACAUUUCCUCCUCUCGACUACGUCUGUUCGCCGUCAGGACAUUUUCACCUAGCUUCACUCACACGCCUCUUGUACCUGCUCCGCCAACACAUACGCUGCCGGGCAGUUUCUGUUUUCUUCUAUAAAGUGAUGGCCUAUAUACCACGAUGCCGCAUGAGAACCACCAACAAAAGAGAAGGCAUUUUGUACUUUGUGUGAUGCAUUCUUUGCUUCGUCGUUUUAAGUUUGUCACGUAGCUAGCCUCCAUCGCGGUGGUAAGAACACGAAAAAUGGUACUUGAGCGAGAGGCACCUCACCACGAGCGUCACGGAAUGUGGGUAACGACAAGGCCAUGAUGUACUUCCUCUCUCCGUGCCUCCCUUGCUCGAAGGAAACCCCGAUAUCACUGGCUAACCUAGGAGACUUUUUCUUUCGUGUCCAUGCACGAUUCGCGCUGUUCGUCCGGAUCGCCAUAAUAUGGGUCGGAUUGGCGGGGGAUAUCCUGAGGAGGGUGAUGAUGAAACUGGAAACACCGCAAGAUAACACUGAUCGACGACUCUUGAAGCGAAAAAAGAUGGAAGGUAUUAUGGCCUUCUCUCGACCAAACCAACUCAGAUUACAACUACAUUCAUGGUCACCUUGCAUGCACAUCUGUGUCCACGCCGCCUCGGGCAAGCAGCCACUAAAGAAAAGGCGAAACGGAAGCUUUUCCUCGCCUAUUUCGUUGCAGGAUUCCUUCUGUUUUCUGUUUCUUUUUACUCGUCGGCUAUGGGACUCAAUUCUGUCUUCCACGAGUCCGCGAAUGGUCACGAACUCUUUGUCGAACGCGGCCCGCGUUGCCACGCGCUCUGACAAACAACACUUCACCAAACACGUGAUGCCCCGGUACCAUUGUUUUGCUCUCGUUUGUUUAUCAGUUUUCGGUUGUGUUCGUCAGAUUUGCUGCUUCGUUUCGGCUACUCUCCUUCCAUCCUUUCAAACUUGGACAGGAAAUGUUUUUGCCGUGGCCCUGCCGUGCUUGUUGGGCGAACUGCGGUCCUCUCGACAUUUUGAUGGAGGGCUGUGCCGGGGUUGUCCCAGUGUGAUCUUCCACUUGAGUCUUGUUUUGUUUUUAAAUCACACAAACAGCUCUCUGUAAAGUCUGCUUUCGCAAGAGGCUCUCUAGGGACCACCAAGGACAGGCCCUACGCUUUUGACCCACGGGUGCAUGUGUGGGCUGAAACUCCUGUCUGCCAGGCUUCGGCCCGUCGUGGUAUUGAGCGUACUGUGUCUAUUUAAAUUUCAGUCACAUCCAGAGAUUUUAUGGGUUCUUGAAGUCAUGAACGCGUUCAAUGGUCGUCUUUCACACCCCUCGAGGGUGCUUGUCUGAACUGGUAUGGAGUUAAAUGGGUGUGGUAGUUCCCCCAAACGAACAGCCGCUUGCGGGACGACUGAUCUAACUGAGCAUGACGGACAUUUGGUG